UUUUAAACGCAUGUGGAAAAAUAUUUUGAGCAACGCAUUUCAAGUGAUAUGGUUGUAAAUAAAAUACUUCAAAAUGAUAAAUGUUUUCAAUCCUGUACUUAAGCAUCUCAAGCUAGACAACAUAUGUAUUGACAAUAAUGUGUUUCGACUCCAUUAUAAGGCCACAGUUAUAUUGUUAAUAGUGUUUUCGAUAUUGGUUACGUCGAAACAAUACAUUGGGGAUCCUAUUGAUUGUAUUAGCACUGCUGGUAUAAAAAGAGAGACUUUCAAUACGUUUUGCUGGAUCUUCAGUACUUAUACUAUUACUGAUCAUAAUGGCAUUACACAAGAAUUACAUCACAAAUACUAUCAAUGGGUUAGUAUCGUGCUCGUCCUACAAGCUGUAAUGUUUUAUAUUCCCAGAUAUAUGUGGAAAUGCUGGGAAAAUGGAAGAAUUAAGGCUUUAACUCAGGAUCUCGUGGGUCCUUUAGUGUCUCAAGAACAAUGGACAACCGCUAGGAGAAAUUACUUGGUUAGUUAUCUUUCUGAACUGAAUAAAGCGACUCAUGCAUUUUAUGCUAUUCGAUUUGUUAUUUGUGAAAUUCUCAAUUUUGGAAAUGUGGUGGGACAAUUCUUUAUCGUUAAUCUCUUCUUGGGUGGUGAGUUUGCAAAUUAUGGACCUGCUGUUUCAGUGUUUUUAAGUGAAAAUAUAAUGACCAGCACAUACUGGUCAGAUAAUGACCCUAUGUCAAGAAUAUUCCCGAAGACAGCAAAAUGUUCAUUCACUGAUAUUGGUCCAUCAGGAACUAAACAGAUCAAAGAUGCUUUGUGUGUUCUACCAUUGAACAUUGUUAAUGAAAAGCUAUAUGCAGUUCUCUGGUUUUGGUUUGUCGGAUUAGCAUUAUUGUCAGGCCUAGCUUUGAUAUAUAGAGCAGUUGUAUUCUGUUGUCCAGAAGUGCGAGUGUGGCUACUAAUGGCUCAAACAAAGAACAUUUCCAAAGGUGUUAUUCGCAAUUUAGUAUAUUCAUGUCAUGUUGGCGAUUGGUUUAUUUUACAACAGUUGUAUAAAAAUCUACAUCCAGAUAUAUUCAGAGAGUUGAUUAAUGAUCUGGGUUUGGAGGCUGAUACGAAAACAGUCAUACUGUGAACUAAAUUAUCAA